AUGUCUUUCCUUCAUGGAGUUCUGCAAAGUGUAAAGGAUGAUGAUAACGUUACAAAAUAUGAUAAUGCUCGUGAUAAAAAUAUUACAAACACAAUUAAGAAAUUAAAUGAUAGUGUAGGUAAAGGCCGUGAGGCCUUCCCGGAGGCCGUGCAUCAGGUAAGUUCCACGCUUAAUGUCACAAUUGAAUUAGGUAAAUAUGUUACAAGUGUUUCGAGUCAAGCAGAGAAGCCACUCAAGGAGCAACUGGACAACUGGACCAAAACAGUCAACGACAUUAAUACUCACAUUAACGACAACAUAAUCACUAAUGUUGAUAAAUUAGACCCCGCACUUAGCGAUAAGAUUAAGCGUAAUAUUGAGCCCGUGCAGAAGGUGGUGGCGCACUUGGGGGGGGUGGGCAGGGACCCAAACUUCACUGGGCACCCAGAGUUCGUUGAUGAACAACUUAGGAUUCAGAGGGAGAAUGUUGAGAGAGUUGUUAAUGUGGAAUGUGAAGAACUUCAGCGUAAAGUACAACUCGACUUUGCCAAAAUAUUCGAGCAAAGUAAACGUCUCAGUCGGAAAAGAGAAGAAGAGUUUGGCUAUGUAAGGUAUGCUGUAAAGCAGGCUAGGGAUGCUUUCAUUGAAGAUUUUGAAGGAAAAUAUAAAAGCGAGAUUGAGCGUUAUUUCAUGAAAAUAGAAGAGACAAUGACGGCGAUUGAUACUCAAAAUACAACUGGUGGAAACUCUCAGCUUCACAAGUUAGCUACUAAAAUCAAGGAUGCACUUGACGCCCUUGACGGUCAACUUAACAAAGGCGCCAAUGCAAUCGGUGGUGCCAUUGAUUUCGCUGUAACUGAAGUCAAUAUUGCGCUUCGGGAUUUGGAUGGGAAAGUGAUGGAGGAUUUGAGACAGCUGGAAAGUGGGAUUACUGUGACACUUAAUCCACUUGUGGAGAAGUCGGUGUCAUUUUUCGCCACCUUUAAAAAAACAAAAAACGCAAUUGAGGUGGCAAUUGACGCAGUAUCGACGGACAUUAAGAAGUUUAAGGAUCUUACGAAUCUCGACACUUUUAAAAACAGCGCUGCACCGCUUCUAAAUGCAAUUGGUUUAGAUGGCAAGAAUGCCUUCGAAAAACUUAUAGCAUAUUUCAACGAUAUUAGUGCUAAGGUUAUGACGCCUUUGAAGGAUGUGAUAGGGCGAUUGGUGAGGGCAUUAGAGUCGGUGGCAUUAUGA